AUGGGUGGAGAGGAUGCUUGGUUUGGGAGCUUAGUGUAUCUCAGGAAUUCCGGAAAAAGACCUGAUUCUGAUGGUCCCCACUUCCUCUCUGGUUCCUGGACUUACUCAUCUUGUUUUCCCUCCAGGUGCACGAUUGACAACCGGGUCACCCGGGUGGCCUGGCUAAACCGCAGCACCAUCCUCUACGCUGGGAAUGACAAGUGGUGCCUGGACCCACGCGUGGUCCUCCUGAGCAACACCCAAACCCAGUACAGCAUCGAGAUCCAGAACGUGGAUGUGUAUGACGAGGGCCCGUAUACCUGCUCUGUGCAGACGGACAACCACCCAAAGACCUCGAGGGUCCACCUCAUUGUGCAAGUAUCUCCCAAAAUUGUGGAGAUUUCUUCAGAUAUCUCCAUUAAUGAAGGGAACAAUAUCAGCCUCACCUGCAUAGCAACAGGUAGACCAGAGCCUACGGUUACCUGGAGACACAUCUCCCCAAAAGCCGUGGGCUUUGUGAGUGAAGACGAAUACCUGGAAAUCCAGGGCAUCACGCGGGAGCAGUCGGGGGACUACGAGUGCAGUGCCUCCAACGAUGUGGCUGCACCAGUGGUCCGAAGAGUAAAGGUCACCGUGAACUACCCGCCGUACAUUUCAGAAGCUAAGGGGACAGGCGUCCCCGUGGGACAGAAGGGAACACUGCAGUGUGAGGCCUCAGCUGUUCCCUCCGCAGAAUUCCAGUGGUACAAGGAUGACAAAAGACUGGUUGAAGGAAAGAAGGGGGUCAAAGUGGAAAACAGACCUUUUCUCUCAAAACUCAUCUUCUUCAAUGUCUCGGAGCACGACUAUGGGAACUACACCUGUGUGGCCUCCAAUAAGUUGGGCCACACCAAUGCCAGCAUCAUGCUAUUUGAACUAAAUGAGCCUACAAGCUCAACUUUGUUGCAAGAGGUGAAAACUACAACUUUGACCCCUUGGAAAGGCCCCGGCGCAGUCAGCGAAGUGAACAACGGGACGUCGAGGAGGGCAGGCUGCAUCUGGCUGCUACCUCUUCUGGUCUUGCACCUACUCCUCAAGUUUUGAUGUGAGUGCCACUUGCCUCACUGGGGAGAAGCUGCCGCCACGGCAACCACCUGCCCCACAGCAACGGCAUCUCCCACAGCAACAAGAGCAUCCCCGUUUCUUAUGAGCUAGAAUCAAAUGAAAUUCCGAGACACAGAGCCUAAUGGGACACAAAUUCGAGGGAGGGGAACAAAGAAUACUUUGGGAAAACACGUUUAAAAGGGAAAUUGAAAAUCGCCUUGCAGGCCUUGCGGAUCCGUAGGCACAGCUGAGUUUUCUUUCUUUGCCCAAACGGGAAGAACGCACGCCCAGCUUUGGACCCGCCCGCAGCUGCAUUGUGACCUGUUUGUGACCAGGGUGGGCUGGGCGCAGCCACUCCGCCCACUACCGUGCCCACAGCGAGGAAAAUUCUGGAGCCGGCCACCCCAAAUUCAACAGAGAUGAACACAGAGCGAGUCGUGCAGGCCCAGUUGUGCCCCCGUGGCCCCUUUCAGAGACUGUGCCACUGUUCAGUGUGCUACAAAAUGCAAAAUUAAAGAAAAAUAAAGAAAGAAAGAAAACGGAAACUAAACAAGACAGCCUGACAGCUACAACAGUCCCACAAUCAACAGUCACACAAGAUAUUGUUAAACUUUUUCUUUUUUUGGUUUUUGUUUCACUACAUGGACAUCAUGGAUAAUAAGGGAUUCUGGUUCAUUAUUAAUUUUAUUAAUUAUAUUUUCUGAUAUGAGUCUAGAAUUUAGUGCAAAAACAAGACAGGACUAAAAAAUACACAAAUGAAAGGGGUGAGGAGAAGUAUGUUUAACAUUAAAAAUAGUGUACUUCUUAACUAGGUUUACAACUGGUGGACCGCACACCGGGCAUUAACCACCUGGUGAGGAUAUGUCAAAUCCACCAAAAAAACACAUACAAUUUAACCAACAUCUCCACCAGCGCUACAGAUUUCUCCUUAUCCUGGCAUUUAAUGCAGACAAUACUAUGCUUCUACCUGCUGUUUAGAAAUGGAAGGGUGAUCUGCACUGUAUCUUGAGUUUGUUGGCUAUGCUUCUUUUGAUGACAUAUAUUAUACAGUAUAUAUAUACAUAUAUUUUUUUUGUUAGAGUUCUAGCCAUUUUAUUUCUCAGCAGGGUCCUUUCUCAGACAUUACUGCAUGCUGUAUAUGGCGUUAGCUGUGUGUUGAUCUUCUAAAAGAUGAUAGAGUUUACUGGUAAUUGUGUAAUCAGCUCCUGCCUUUUUAUUUUCUUGGGUUAUUUACACGUCAGAGACAUUUAUAAAAAGUGAAAAGAGAAACAGAACAAAACACUAACACCAGGCGCAGCAUGUUUUCCAGGUGUGGCUCUCGGAGGCGAAGGCCCUGACAGGAGGCCUGGCUUCUCCAUCAUGCCUCGGGGCGUGAGCAAACAGCAAGCAACUGAACCAACUAAACAGUUAGUAACCACUUGCUUUAGACCAUUAUGGGAAUCUCUGAUGCCUUCGUGACUACUGGAGAAUUGAAUCCUCUCGGUUCAUUUUAUUUAAUUUCCCACCUUUGUGUGUGUGUGUAUGAAAGAGAAGAAAAUGCAGUUUUUAGAUAACCUUUUUUUCCUCCCCCGAAGUCUGGGAACGGGAGAGGCCUCGGGGAGGGGUCCUGGAUGUGAUGAGGGAAAGUGGGAUUGGGGGCUAGGGGAGGGAGGGGUUGUCUCUGACUUGACAUUAAAAAGUGUUCCAUGUCCCUCUUCACCUGGUGUGGUACCUCAUUCUCAAGCGGGGGUGGGGGUGAGGGGCAAGAGAGCCUGCCUGGCUCAGGUGUGAAGAAUAUGGAGGCGAAUGCGCAUCUGACUCAAGCUACUGCCCUUUAGCUCCCUCGUUGGGGUGAAGUGGGUUUUUCUGUGGAUGUGCUCUGAUGACAGAUGGGCCCAGGAAACCACCUUCAUCCUCCUAACAGAAGCAAAGGAGGGGUGGCUCUCAUGAGGACUGCAUCUCCAAUGCCUUCAAGAAGUGGCUGAGGUUUGCAGCAUCCCGCUUGUGUCCAAACACCCCACUUCGCAACCUGGGCAAAAUGUCAAGCCUGGUUAAGGAAAGGCUUUUAUGUGUGAUUAUUUCUGGGAGGCAGCCUAGUGCAGCUAUCAUGAAAAGAAAAGAUAGGAAAAAAAAAAAAAAAAGCUCAAAACACUUUGGGUUAGUAUUAAAUAAUUCCAAAUUCUACCAACCAGUGUUUUAGGGACUCUCUUCCCACCAUGCCUACCCCCCAAACCUUUCCUUUAGUCACAAGUAAGACAAAAAAUAGAUUUUAAUACCAAAUAGCAUUUAAAUAAUUCUAAUCUGUUCUGAUUGAUUCUGGGAAUUAAGUUAGUAGCUGCAGAUUCACUGAGAGGCAGAAAUGCGGUCAUAGCCGAAACUCUCAGGAAUUACCGUCCCUGUGUCCUCGGGGCUCAGUUCCAGCCAAGAGGAAUGGGCAAUGUUUAGGAAGGAGCAGUUUCGGUUCUGGCUGUUACUAGCAAAACUGAGAAAAGAUUGUUGACUUCAGGUCUCUCUGUGCCCUUUUGACAUUCCACCCUCACCACCAGGUGCCAGCUACCCUUUCUUCCCAGCAGCAUGAUCUGGAGCAGUCUGGCCAAACCUCACAGAAAUUUGGCUGCUUUGGAAUUAGCCCUCACUUAUAUCCCAGAACUGCUAAGGCAUGGGAUUUAGGUGUCCUUAGACUGAAAGUGGAUGGGUGAGAUUUACCAGUUCUCCCUUGCCUAAAACUACUCUAGGCACUGGUGGGAGGAUUUGUGAGCAGGUCAUAGUGUUCAUGGGAUUAAAGUGGACAUGGGUAACUCCCGUAUGCUAAACUUGAGCCCAGACACCUCUGAGUAAAAUGUACCAAAACAUCUGCAAAGAGACACUUCCUAGAGUUUUUGGAACGUGGGAGCACGGGGACACAUGGCCUCCAUUUGAAUCAGAGCUUUCUCUUUCAUACUUACUGAGCAUGCUUUAGAUCACUCCUUCACCAUCCUCCCAGGAGGGACUGGUCAGUCACAGCGAAGUCUAUAAAGUGGCAUUGAUGAGGAAGGCUUAAAUUUACCUAUUUGUGAGUUCAAUAGCCCUUGUUGUCUUGUGGUUCUUUAGAACGUUGGUUAUUCAAAAGCACGGGCCUUGUAGAAGCAGCUUUGGCGUGGCUGAUGGGUUCAGCAGAUAGGAGAACCUCCUAUCCUGCAGCAAGAGGGAGUUCCUCUCAUUUUCGGCUCUGUGUGCCACAUAGUCCCAAUCUGCCAAAUUUCAGUCUUUAAAGGGAGCAUCCAUGUGCUCACAAGAAAGGGCCUUUAACCAGAUGUACAGUUCAGUCCAGGAAGACAUGGCUUUGAUUAGGAGCUUAUAGGGACAAUUCUCCAGGCCUGUCUCUUUUCAGGAAAAGGAGUUUGGCCAGAGAGUUCUUGUUCAUUAAAGAAAAACAUCCUGAAUAGUGUCUGAAGUUAUCUUUCUUGGUACAGAUACAGAUGGAAGACUGUUCCUAGGCUGGCCUGGAUUUCAAGUGUACUGGACUCCUUGAGACUCAAGACUGGCAUACUUUAGGAUUCAUCCAGCAUCCCCCCCAACUUUAGGAUGUCCUUUGGGGGAGCCAUGAUUUAAGUCUGGCAGGUUUUAUCCCAUAACAGUCUCUCCUGUGUUUAGGGGGUGGGGUGGUGGGGGAUGUUCUAGCCCUCACCACUCUAAGCAAACUCCUAAAGAACCCCAAUCAUCUUAUUUCAACAGAAUAUCUGUUCCUUUCUAGCCACACAGAUGGGCAAUGGCUCACAAAUUGUAGUUAAGUUUUUCCCCAUAAUUCUUCUACCUAGUGGGUUCAGGUGUCUCACCUGAAGCAUUAUGAGUACUUGUCCAAGGACAGCCUUCUGAUGAGUGGAACCUCCAAAUCUGGAACUAUAAUCACAGUUGAUGGUCCACAAAUAUUUGUUUUUGUUGCUGUGGAUGGUGAUAAUGAUGGUGAUGAUGAAUGACAGUUACUGUUCUUCAAGCUGAAGAUAAGUUAACAAAUGAAUUAACACUAAAAUUGGAGUGAGAUUUAGCACUUUUCAUUAGACUGACUUAUCUUUAUUGUAUAUCUCAGUUUAGAAGGGAGGGCAGUCACACCAAUCAAUCACAGAAACGUCCCUUUAAUGUGUGCAUUUGAUUUUUUAAAAAACGUAAAAUCUGGGAUCAGCAAAACAUCUACAUGUUUUUAUACUUACAAUGGUACAAAUUUGAGGUACUUCUCAGGACAGAACAAAAAUCUAUGCAAAGGAGAGACAUAGCAGAGUAGAUGGUCCCUGCUCGUGAUAAGCCUACACAGCCUUGUGCUUCUAUGGCCAAGUGUAUAUGCACAUGCCAGCCAUUUUCUCUUCAUCAGAUAAGCAACUUAAAAGAACUGAGAUUAGUGUAUCUGAGAGAGGCACUAAAUAAUACCUCUUUCCAGCAUUAAGAAAAAACAAAACAAAACAAAAAAACAAAGGUAAACUAAAUCCCAGACCUAAUUUGGUUCACAACUUGCUCACUGGGAUUUGAUUGUAUAGUUAGCGUCUCCUUUAUCAUCCUAAACUCCUCAAUCAGGUCAUUCUAAAGCAUCAAUCCUUACCUCUCUCUGCUUUUAAUUCAGAUGCUGUUUCCACGAGUGUCCAACUCUAUCUUUCUCCAAGGCAAUAAAGGUAAAUGAAUAUCCCCAUGAUUUGUGAGUAACUGAGAUCUCUGAGUCUCUGCAUCUUCAUUCUAAUUUCCCUGUCCCUCACAACUUCAUAUGUCUCCCAUCUUAUCCACAUUAUGUGACUAGAACAACAUAGCUUUCUGUAGCAGACUGUCCAAUUCCUGAGCUCAAUAUAUGAUCACUUCUUAUAAUUUAUGUCUGAAGCGUAUUGGUGCAUUAUUUUUUAUGAAGGAGGCUUAGUUUGGCUUUCAUUUUCUGAAUGUUGAUCUUACCGCCAUCCAAGCUUCCAUGUAACUUAGACAUUGCUUCUGACAUAUUGUUAAGGUACAUGAAUUCAUGUCUAUACUUCAGGGAUUGUUAACAUUAUUCGAAAAUGAAUUGUACCUCUGUCAGAAUAUCUAUUUGAUUAAAACUUCCUAGAAAUAUAAGUUGGCUAUGGCCAUAGCAUUUACCUGGUUUCCAGUGAUUCUGAUUCUGGAAUUUCUCAGUAUCAGUACAGUAUUUUGGAUAUAGAACUGAACUACUGAUCAGUAGAACUAGGAACUAGUCCAGAUUCUAUUACUAGCUAGUUGGGUUCUCUUUAUCUUUUAUAUAAGGUGUUAUGAUGGGGGAUUACUAAUCAUUUUCAAUCUUCAAAAUUCAAUCAUGUAAUUUCAGACUUAAUAAGAUUUCUGCAAGUAAAACUUUGGAAAAUUGUGUUUUUGAUAAACGACAAUGGAAGGUGUGAAUUGGGGUGAGUGAUAGAGCCAAUGCAUUGUCCUUGUUCCCAGGAUGGCUUACAAGAAGGGGACAUGCAUGAUCAAAGCUGCCAUUUCUACAGACAUGUGAAGUGACUCCUUAAGGAGAAUUUGAGGGAUGGACACCACAGCACCUGGAAAGGAGUGUUGUCUAAUAAAAGACAGUAGCUUUUUCUAGAACAGGAAAUGAUGUUAGCCCCAAGCUGCUGUUCAGUUUUGCUCUCUAUACGACACAAGUAAAACAAGAGAAUAAACUGCCAUACAUCUUAAAGUCUAGAAAAGUAAAAGAUAUUGGAGCUAAACAAAAUACUCAGAGUUCUCACUAGGAAUGUGUGUGUGUGUGUGCGUGUGCAUGCGUGCAUGUGCGUGCUUGUAUGUGCAUGCAUGUGCACAUGUGUGUGGGGAAGUAUUUAUUGUAAUUAUUAAAUUACAUAAUACUUCAAAAUAGAUGGCACCUGUUAUUCCCAAGAUCCAUUUUUAAAAUAAUAGGAGAGAGUAAUGAACAGAGAGGUCUCCAGAUAGUAUUUUUAAUAAUUAUAUCACAUUCCCUGAUAAGUGUUCUGCUCAAGAGUCCAGAAAUGUUUGGGCAGGUCUCAUUUGACAUAUUUGUGUAUUGUUGGUUCAAUUCCAAGUUUACUGAGUGCCCCUCACUUUUCAUCCUGCCCCUAGACUCUAUGCUUCAUUUGUAACUCCUCUGUGACGAGCAUGAAGAUAUAAGAGGCAGUGGGCCAAGAUUAGACUGAGUUUGGCGUUGGAAACUGUAUGAUCCCUAAUCCCUUUUUCCAAAUGUUUGUUCCUGGCCACUCUCUUAAGCUUCAGUUUCUUCUGAAGGCUCAUUUGCAAAGUUGAUGGAAGGAUCAGGUGGAGCCAUCAAGCCAUAUCUCCUACACUCUGUGAACUGCAAAGGGAUGAAGAGCACAAGCCAUAGAGCACACACGUGGGUGAGGGGUUCCUUGUCUUCCUUUGGAAGAAGGGGUUAGAAAGAGAAGGAAAAAGAAAAUAAAUGCUUUAU